AUGUAUAUUUUAACAUUACUUGAGAUCAUUCUUGUAACAAUGUAUUGUGGAAAAUUAAUCAACAAUAUUUGUUGCAAGGAUGUAAACUGUAUUGUAAAAGUAACAUGUUUAAUUUCUUGGCUUACAAAUUUCAUUUUGUUAAUUUUAUUGCCAUUAGAUAUCUUUAUAACAUUUAGAGAUAAUGAGACAUAUAGUAAUUAGAAUGAAAAAGAAGUGCAUUCAAGAGAAUAUGAAGCAAUAGGAAAUGUAUAAUUUAAUGUGAAUAUAUAAAAUAGCUUUAUUAAAUAUUAUAUUGGGCAAAUUUCAUACUUUGUUGGACUAUCAUUCCAAUAAUGUAGGAAUAUGAAGAAGCUAUUGAUUUGAAUAGAGCUUAGAAAUUAGUUCGUUCAUUAUUAAAUAAUGGCAAAUUUUACUUAAUAAUAGGAAUAGCUGGUAUUGCAUUUGUAGUGAUACUUGUUAUGACAGGUUAAGCUUCAGAUUAUGGUUUAGCAAAGUUAUUAAAAAGUAUGGCAAAUUCAUUUGGAGUAGCAUUAAUAAUAGUUUUAUUAGGGUAAUAUAAAUUUUAUAAUAAAAUGUAGAUAUUCUUUGAUAGCAGUUCCUAGAGCACAUAUGAGAACAUCAACUUUGGAUGUUUAAAUGAAAUAUUUAUAUUUUAAAACAGCAAAAAUAACAGAGGAAAAAGAUGAUGCUCAUCAUUAUUUGUAAGAGAAAGCAAAAAGGGUAGUAGGUAUUAGAAAUUAAGAGAAGUUUUAAUAAUAAUCAUCAAAAAUAUAUAUAUAAAUGAGUAUUAAGACAAUUCCAAAGAAAAUGUAUAAAGAAUUAAUGGAGGAUGAUGCAAAAUAAAAGGCACCAGGAAUAAGUUAUUUAUAAAGAAUGUUUUUUAAAGAAUAACCAGAAGCAACAGAUGAGGAAGUAGUUGAAAUUUAUAGAGAUAUUAGAUAGAAAUCAAGAACAUAUAGAAGAUUAAGAGCAGCAUGGAAAGAGAAUUGUAAGUAAGCAUAUGCUUUAGAAAAUGUUAUUGAAUCAAUAGAAAAUAAUGAUAAAAAGAUUUAUUAUGAUGUGAAAUCUAAUAGAAAAGAAGGACAAUGUUCUAAAACUUUAGAUACUUUAGAAUGGUAUUGGUUAUGUCAUUAUAAACCACAAAUAAAGAUAUUUUUUUCUUCAGCUUUAGGUAUUUUAUCUUUAUUAGUAAUAAUAUCUGAGACUACACUAUUUUUAAAUACUCCUUUUACAAUAUUUGGAAUGCCUAUAUCUAUAUAAUCUGGUGUAUUAACAUUAUAAAUAUGUUGUUUUGUUCCUUUAUUUUAUAUUGCAUUUUGUGUAUAUUAUGGAAUGUUUAGAAUUAAAAUAGCAGGAUGUUAUGGUUUAUAUAAUGAUCAUUAAACUGAUGCACCUAGUCUAUUGUUUGCUACAAUUAAUUUCAGUAGAGUUGCAGCUCCAUUAUGUUAAAAUUUUCUAAAUCUUUUAAGAGUUAAAUAAAGAAUGAAUUGUGAACCUGCAUUCAAAUUUACUAUGGGAGAAGUAAGUUUUAAUUAUAUUUAUUAAAGAUGGAAUUUGUACCUAUUUUUGGAGUUAAUGUUAUAUAGUUGAUGCCUGCUAUAUUAUUAUUCUUAUGUUUUAUAAAUUAUUUUGAUUUAUAUGAUAGAUUUAUGAAUUUCCUUGGACUUAAAGAAUUUAUGUUCACAGAAUCAUUUUCUGAUCGUCUCAUUUAUAGAGGCAGAGAUGCUUUAAAAGAUAAAAAAUCUUAUUUCAUGAAUAAAAAAUAAAAAAAGAAGCAAAAAUAAUAGAUAAAAUAAGGUGAUGUUGAAUUACUUUAAAGUUCUAAUAAUCAAUAUUAAUGA